AUGGCGCAACUCUUCCAAGACCUCAUCUACUCCUUCGGGAACUGCCUGAACUGCUUCCCGGGUUCGCCGUCCCUCAAGAUAAACAGCCGCUCCUUCAAAAUCCUGCGGCUGCUGGGCGAGGGCGGCUUCUCCUACGUAUACCUGGUGCAGGACACGUCCUCGGGGGACAUGUUCGCCCUCAAGAAGAUCCGCUGUCCCUUUGGCGCCGAGUCCGUUCAGCAGGCCAUGCGCGAGGUCGAGGCUUACAAGACCUUUGCCCACUCGCCCGGCAUCAUCCACAGCGUCGACUACUCCAUCGCGUCCGAGCGCAACGACCCGGGCUCCAAGACCGUCUAUGUCCUGCUGCCGUACUAUAAGAGGGGGAACCUGCAGGAUAUCAUAAACGCCAAUCUGGUUAACCACACAAAGUUCCCGGAGAAGAAGCUCAUGGUCCUGUUUCUCGGCGUGUGUAAGGCCAUGAAGGACAUGCAUCAUUACCAAGCCCCAGCAGGCGGCGAGCGCAUGGAGAUGGGAAAUGCGAAAGCAGGAGAAGAAGACCAGGUUGCCGCGCCUGGAGAGAGGAGGUCAUAUGCGCAUCGUGAUAUCAAGCCAGGAAACAUCAUGAUCGACGACGAUGGUUCAAACCCUAUAAUUAUGGAUUUGGGGUCAGUUGCGAUUUCACCAAUACCCAUCACGUCACGGUCACAAGCUAUCGCUAUGCAAGAUACAGCCGCAGAACACAGUACGAUGCCCUACCGAGCACCCGAGCUGUUCGAGGUCAACACAGGGGCCAUAAUCGACACGAAAGUAGACAUAUGGUCACUAGGCUGCACACUAUACGCCUGUCUAGUCGGCAAGUCGCCCUUCGAGAUGCGCAGUGACGAGACCGGAGGCAGCUUGAGUAUGUGUGUCCUGGGCGGAGAUUGGAGGUUCCCUGAUGAGGGCCCCAAGGCUAUCAGUGAGCCGAUCAAGGAGGUUGUGCGGAAAUGCUUGACGGUCGAGCCGGACCAUAGGCCAGAUAUUGACGAGCUGAUAGCCAUGGUGGAAGAGGUAGUGGAGGAACUACCUGAUAGUGCCGCUUAA